AUGCUCCGGAGACGUGUUGAAAGUCCGAUCAAGGUGGCGAAUGGCAAGAGCGACGAGGAGUUUAUCGCAGAGUAUCUAGCACCGAACAUGGGCCAACCAAUGGCUGCACCCCAAAACAGGAACCUCCGGGGAGCACUACAAGACCUCGUCAAGAGGUUGGCACCGGGGAGCAAGAGGCGGGAGAUGAAAGACCACGACUUGCGCUAUAUCCUGGUCAGGGAUGAGGGCGGUCUUGUGAAGGGCUUCACGUCAUUAAUGCCUUGCUUUGAAGAGGGGCAGCCCGUGAUUUACUGUUACGAGAUUCACCUCGUACCCGAGUUGCAGGGAACGGGGCUUGGCAGACUCUUGAUGGGCUUCCUCGAGACGAUUGGGAAAAACGUACCCAGCGUGGAAAAGGUGAUGCUUACAUGCUUCCUCGCCAACGAGAAGGGCAUCGAGUUCUACGAGAAGAUUGGGUUCGCCAAGGACGAGAUAUCACCCGUUCCGAGAACGCUUCGGUUUGGGAAGGUGUUCAACCCCGACUACAUGAUCAUGAGCAAAGUGGUCAAGACCAGCGAUCCUUGA